GGAUGACAGACUUAUCGUAAGAUAAAAUAUUUACACACGAUUUUUGUUUACACAUCUUUGUGUAUUCUAAUUCAUUUAUGUAAUGAAACUAUUUGCCGAAAUGUUACUAUUACUUGAAUGUGAAUUGACGAUACUCGUUAGUUGCAAGUGAAUCAACAUGAGCAAAGGAAGACUAAGGCAGGUCCAUGCGGCUUUUGCCGGUGGCUUUGGGUCCCUCGUGAUGGGAGCCCUAAAUGUCUGGCCAUCAUACACAUCAGAACUAUAUUCUUCAAAUACAACCACACCGUUAUCAGCCCCUAUGACAAAGGGUGAAGAGGCCAUGUUGGGUAGUCUACCUUCAUUAGGAGCUAUGAUUGGAACUGCUGUCGCUGGUACAUUGAUCAAUGCUUUGGGCAGAAGAAAUGGUGGUGUUAUUUUGUCUUUGCCGUUUGUGCUAUCAUGGGCUGUAAUAUCAGUAUCGUCUUCUAUGAAUCUGAUCUUAGCAGCGAGGUUUUUCGCUGGAGUAGCUGGUGGUGGCUUUCUGGUUUUGGCACCGAUCUUCACAUCCGAAGUGGCUGAGGAUUCUAUACGAGGAGCAUUGGCUUCAGCGUCAAUAUACUUAUACUGCAUGGGAACGUUGAUGUCAUACCUUGUGGGCUGGUUCUUGUCAUACAGAACAAUUAUCUGGCUGCAAUUGAUACUUAGUAUUGUAUGCACCAUCCUCAUAUUGUUAGUUGUGGAGAGUCCUGUGUAUUUGCUAAGGAAAAAUAGAGAAGAGGAUGCCAAAGAAGCUAUUGCGAAGUAUAGAUCGGUAUCUCCUAACUCCAUGGUGGUACUGGAUGAACUAUCCAGACUGAAGCAUCAGAUCAUGCCAGCGGUAGAACUUGUGUCAGUUACAGAAAUGGAUCCGAAGGCCGAAGAAGCUGAAAAACAAAAGUUAAACAAUGAAGACAUACAAGAACCGAAGAAAAUGUCGCCAUUAAAAAUAUUAUUUGUGGCAGCCGCAUCUAGACGUGCAUUUAUGGUUGUUACUAUUGCAAUCACAUUACAGGUGUUCAUGGGUAUAAUCCCAGUGCAGGUGUACGCAAAAACUGUAUUUACUCAGACAGACCCGUCCAAGUCAGAUUUAAACACCGUGCUGUUUGCCGUCAUUCAGUUCUGUGGAGCCAUGACUUCAGCUCUUAUCGCUGAUAAAGCUGGUAGAAGGGUCCUAAUAAUAUCAUCAUCAAUACUAGUCAGUCUCUGCAUGGCUGGUCUUGGCUUCCUUUUACAAACGAAGGCAGCGCCCGCAUGGGUCACCGUGGUGCUGCUCAUGUCGUACUGCUUCUCAUUCCUCGUGGGAGCUGGUACCAUACCUUACGUGUUGCUAGCUGAAGUCUUUGAGGCCGAGGUCCAAGGGAUAGCUUCAAUGAUAAUCAUCGAAUGGGUGUGGUUCCUGAACUUCUUCAUUUUGGGUAUCUUCCCAUUCAUGACUAGUAUCUUUGGCAUCUACGGCUGUUUCUACUUCUUCGGAGCUGUAGGUCUUCUUAAUGCUGUCCAGUCUUUCAUCUUAGUACCUGAAACAAAAGGACUAUCAAAUGCGCAAAUCCAAGAUUUGUUUAGGGCAAGGAAAAAGAAUUAGGUUUUUAGGAUAAUAGCUUAUUGAUAUUGUUUUCUCGUUUUUGAGAAUAUUUUUAUUUAAGGUUUAAUUUCUUAUGUAUCAGUUUUUAUGAUACCAAUAGUUUUUACUUACAACUUUAAUUACAAUACAUUUAUUAUUUUGUGAUUUAUGUAUACAAUUUGCUGGAGAAAAUAAAUUUGAAAAUAAAAAAUUUCUUUAUUGUAUUUUGAACCUUAUGUUUAGAAAGUUAUACUCUAAAGGUACUUUACAAGUACCUUUGACUGCACGGUUGGUGCUGUGGCUGAGUACCUGGCUGCCGUGCAACGUGUCAAGGGGUUCGAUUCCCGCACUUUUAGUGUGAUCUACAAAUUGUAUCAGAUCUGGGUGACUUGUGUGUGUGAAUUUGGAACAGGAAAAAUUGGCUCCAUGGAAAUAAGAUUUAUUUAAAAAAAAUGAACAGAUGCGCUAUUAAAAAUAUAAUAUAAAAAUUAUUAAAAUUAUGAAGAGAAUUGAUUUGUAAUUGAGCUCGGUGAAUACUACGCGGGUAUAACCGUGGCACACAGCUAUAAUAAAAAUUAAGAUAUUACUAAUUUUUGUUUUAUUUACAGAUUUAUAUGUUUAUUUCAAAACUAUGUAUGUUAAUAUUAUUUGAAAUAAGUGAUCUAAGGAAAAGAAUACGGAUUUAUUAUGCGUAUUUUAUCUAUACUAAUAUUAUAAAGUGGUAAAAUUUGUAAGUUUGUAUGUAGGGGGUGAUCUUUGGAUCUCUGGUCGGAUUGCCAAAAGUCUUUCACUGAUAGAUAGCUACAAUGUUCCCGAGUGCUAUAAGCUAUAAACAUCACGGUACGAUUAAAUGGAGCCGAGCAGCGGGUGAAACCGCGCGAGAGUAGCUAGUUAACUAUAUUCUUAUAAUGAGUUAUGUGUAAUAACUACCGAUUUCUAGAAAGUAUUGAGUCACACUAGUAAACUUAAUAAGCUACGUAAAGUUGUAAC